CAGUUUCCUCUCCUACCAAGAAGUUUCCUCUCCUACCAAGAAGAUAAACAAAACAGAUACAUCAUGAAAAUGUUGCCACUUCUACUCUUCUUCCUCCUAACCACAACUGUAGCAACAACCCAAGCUUCAUCAGAUGGAGCUAUAUCCCGCCAGAUUCAUCUCCUCCGGCCACAAACCGGUUCCCAGGGGAGGCACGUCCCCGGCAUUUCAUGUAUGAGCUGGAGACUGGGCGUCGAAACCCACAACAUCGUUGGCUGGACGACUAUUCCGGCUGCCUGUGAACGAUAUGUGGGAAACUACAUGCUAGGCCACCAGUACAGACAGGACUCGAGAGCUGUUACUAAUGAGGCUUUGCUCUACGCUAAGAGCCUGAACCUGACAAAGGACGGCAAGAACUUGUGGGUCUUCGACAUAGAUGAGACUAGUCUCUCCAAUCUGCCUUAUUAUGCUCACCAUGGAUUCGGGGUAGAGUUAUAUAAUUCCACUGCAUUCAACGCCUGGGUCUUAGAAGGCAAAGCCCCAGCUUUGCCGGAGAGUCUUAAACUGUACAACAAGUUAUUGGCUCUUGGAAUCAAGGUUGCGUUCAUAACUGGAAGAGGAGAAUCUCAAAGAAGUGUGACAGAAAUCAAUCUCAGAUAUGUUGGAUACCUCACUUGGGAAAAGCUCAUUCUAAAGAAUUCAUCUUAUACUGGUAACACAUCGGUUGUGUAUAAAUCAUCCGAGAAAAAGAAACUUGAAGAGAGUGGAUAUAGAAUAAUUGGGAACAUUGGUGAUCAGUGGAGCGAUCUCUUGGGAACAAAUGUGGGCGAUCGGACCUUCAAGUUGCCUGAUCCAAUGUAUUACAUUAGUUGAGCAAUAGUAAUUCUUCUUUUACUAGGUUGAGCAAUUUAUCAA